AGCGUAGUGGUGGGACCAGGAGUGCACCCACCAGCACAGCCACUAGUGCGGUCACCAGUGCGGUUACCAGUAGUGUAACAGAGGCAGUUCCCCCCAGUAAUGAUGCGAUGGCAGCUGGGGUUACACCUGCAGAGCCCACUUCGUCAGCAGCAGCAGCAGCAGCGGCGGCGGCGGCGGCGGCAGCAGCAGGGGUGGCAGUGGUGGCAGCGGCGCCAGCAGCAGGGGGAGGGGCGGGCCCCUCUGUUCGGACUGUAGUGGCGCCCACAGCACUAAGAGUGGCACUUAGUGCCAUGUUUGCCGACUCUGAGUUCUUCCAACAGUCUCAGAUGAAUGAUGCUUCAGAGGUUCUCCCAGUCAUCUUCGACUGCCUCCACCGAGCCUUCGCCGAACCUGCCUCCGAACCUGCAGGUGGGGCAUCUGGUUCGGCAUCAGAAGGAGCUUCCAGUGUCAAAUCCACAGCUGUCAACUUUUCGACAGAUCAUUCUUUUAUUGACCCGGGCAGCAGUGCAGCCAAUCAGAAGCAGGCAGGAAGCUGGGACUGUCCAGCCUCAACAGCAGCUUGGGACCGAGCCUACCUCGCAGCUUCGGCAGACAGCUCAGGCCUGGGUGCUGGGCCUGUGCCUAACCAGACCACAGCUCCAGGGCAGAGACACGAUGUAGGCUCGGCAGCAGGCUCGGGGACAGCCUCGGGGAGUGGGGCAGCUGCUGUGUCUGCUUCUCCCCUCUCCUAUGGUGCUGUUGUUGCCAGAGGGAAGGGCGGAGCCAACACUACUGCAGCUUCUGCCGCUGCUGCAGCUGGGAAUGCUAGGAAACCCGGUGGGGGUUUAGGAUCAAGUGGUAGAUUAGGGGACAGUGUAGCAACAGGAGUAGGAGCAGGAGGAGCAGGAGGAGCAGGAGGGGAAGCAGGUGCAGGUGUGGGUGCAGCAGCAGAGGCGGCAGGGGAGGCGGCAGCGGCGGCGUGCAUAGCGCACGGGCUGUUUGGGCUGGAUGUGACUGAGAUGAUGCAGUGCUCUCGCUGCGGCCUGCAGUCCCGCCAGAUGCGCUACUCCUCCUUCUUCCACCACACCAACGCCACUGCUCUCAGAUUAUCCAAGCUGUCAGGGUUGUUUGGGCUGGAUGUGAUGGAAAUGAUGCAGUGCUCUCGCUGCUGCCUGCAGUCGCGCCAGAUGUGCUACUCCUCCUUCCACCAUGCCAACGCCACUGCCCUCCGGCUCUCCAAGCUGGGUGACCCACGUGUUGAAUGGACAAUGUGGACGUGGGGGGGUGUUGCUGUUGCCCCGUCCUCCACCCCUCCCAACUCCUCCUUCACCCCUCUCAAUCCCUCCCCACAGCUGGGAAAUCCGACCUGUGGCAUGGACGAGUUAUUAGCGGGCAUGGAGCAGCACCACCUACUGCCGUGCGAUGUGGACGUGGGGGGUGCUGCUACUCCCUCGUCCGCUACCCCUCUCAACUCCUCCUUCACCCCUCUGAACCCCUCCCCACAGCUGGGCAACCCUAAUUGUCGAAUGGACGAGCUAUUAGCGGGCAUGGAGCAGCAUCACCUGCUGCCGUGCAACGUGGAUCUGGGCAAUCCGACCUGUCGAAUGGACGAGCUAUUAGCGGGCAUGGAGCAGCACCACCUGCUGCCCCAUUGUCCCCUCGUCACCGCUCUCAAACCCUGCUUCACCUCACCCAACCCCUCCCCACAGCUGGGCAAUCCGAGCUAUCGCAUGGACGAGCUAUUGGCGGGCAUGGAGCAGCACCACCUGCUGCCGUGUGACAUGGAGCUGGGCAACCCUAAUUGUCGAAUGGACGAGCUAUUGGCGGGCAUGGAGCAGCAUCACCUGCUGCCGUGCGACAUGGAGGUGGGGGGAUGUGGGCACCCCAACGCCAUUCAGCACGUGCUGCGCCGCGCUCCACCCAUCUUCACCACUGGUGGGUUCAAAGGGCUUUCAUGCACUGGUGAGGGGGUGUGUGGGGGGAUGCACGGGGGGGUGCACGGGGGGAUGCACGGGGGGGUGCACGGGGGGAUGCACGGGGGGGUGCACGGGGGGAUGCACGGGGGGAUGCACGGGGGGGUGCACGGGGGGAUGCACGGGGGGGUGCACGGGGGGGUCCACGGGGGGAUGCACGGGGGGGUGCACGGGGGGGUCCACGGGGGGGUGCACGCGGGGGUGCACGCGGGGGUGCACGGGGGGGUGCAUGGGGGGGUGCACGGGCGGGUGCACGGGGGGGUGCAUGGGGCGGUGCACGGGGGGGUGCAUGGGGGGGUGCACGGGGGGGUGCACGGGGGGGUGCACGGGGGGUCCUGGGGUGGGCAGAGCGACAGGGAGGAAGCAGAGGACAUAGGCCUCACACUGGCAGCGCUGGACAUGCACAUGGACGUGGGCGUGGUGUAUCGGGUCUUGGGAUGGCAGAGCGACAGGGAGGAGGCAGAGGACAUAGGCCUGAACUCUGGCAGCACUGGACGUGCAGAUGGACGUGGGCGUGUCCUGGGAUGGCAGAGCGACAGGGAGGAGGCAGAGGACAUAGGCCUCACACUGGCAGCGCUGGACGUGCACAUGGAUGUGGGCGUGGUGUAUCGGGGCCUGCGGGGGCCGCAGAGGGUGCGGGUGGUGUGUGUGGUGUGCUACUACGGGCGGCACUACCACUGCUUCUCGUUCCAUGCGGACCUGGGCAAGUGGGUCAUGUUCGACGAUACCACUGUCAAGGUGGUUGGGGGCUGGGCAGACGUGGUCAGCUCAUGCACCAGAGGCCGCCUGCAGCCGCAAGUGCUCUUUUAUGAGGCAUGCUAG